GCGGGCUCUCUCAGCGCCCACCACUACUUCCACACCUGCCCCUCAGAGCUGUGCUGCGUGGUGGUGGACAGUGGCUUCUCCUUCACCCACAUCGCCCCCUACUGCCGGGGCAGGAAGAUGAAGGAGGGCAUCCGCAGGAUCAACGUGGGGGGGAAACUGCUGACCAACCACCUGAAAGAGAUCAUAUCAUAUCGGCAGUUACACGUUAUGGAUGAAACUCACGUGAUCAACCAGGUGAAAGAAGACGUCUGCUACGUCUCGCAGCAGUUUCACAAAGACAUGGAGAUGUUACAGAGGAAGGGGGAGGAGAACAGUGUGAUGAGAGAUUAUGUUCUUCCAGAUUUCAGCUCCAUUAAAAAAGGCUUCUGCAAGGUGAGAACCUUUUAAUAAUGUGUAU